AUUAGGGCACCAUCCAUCUCGCCUCUUUCAAAUCAAUCCGCCCUUUCUGCGAUAACCUUAGGCGACUCCCUAGGACUCCAAAAUUUGUCCAAAUUGGUUGUCACUCAAACCUGUUGAUCGAUGGGGAAGAGGAAGGAACGCCGUCUCGCGGCGAUGAAGGCGGCGAGCCGGCGAGUAAAGCUCGAUCUGUUCGCCGAGCCCUCCGGAGAGAUGGUGACGAGUUCUGUACAUGACGAAGUAGGAGAGGAUCCAGAUAAAGACUGCCAAGCUGAGGUUCCCAAUUCACCAUCUUCUUCAGGUGGGUUUCAUGAGUUCAUUUUAAAUGGACUAUGUAGAGAAGAUAUGCCACAGCAUAUUUUUGGUGGAAACUUGGAAAUUUUAUACACGCUUGUUGUAUGCACCAAAUGUCUGGUUCUGAGACUGUAGGGUGGCUGAGGUGUGGGAACAUCAUUAGUCAUUCAGAUCGGGCUGCCACAGGGGAAUUGAAUGACUCCCUACCUGUUAUUAUCCUUUGGCAGCAUCUAGAUGUGGAGGUAAGAAGAAGGAAAAUCCUUUGUCGUUACUUGAGCAGUAUAGUGAUGAUGAAUUGGAUGAAGAGUCCAGCAAACAUCCAAUUCAGAGUGCUGAAGAGAAUGUAUCAAUUGAUCCUCUGGUGCAGGAAACUGUAUCUGUAGAUGUUAUUGCUGAAAACAAAACAAAUAAUGUAGAUGAUGCUGUUGGCCUUAGUGAUGGCCAAUUGGGGAACACAAACAAUAUUGAGUCUAAUGAUACCAUAGAAAGUGAUAUUGCUUCAACUGCUGCUCAAGUUAGCAAAGGUGCUCCUGAAAGCCAACCAGUUCUUGAUGCUUCUGGAAUGCAAGUUGUUGGUGAUUUGGCAGGAAGUUGGAAGGUUGUAAUGCAUGAGCAGAGCAAUCAAUAUUAUUAUUGGAAUACUGCCACAGGAGAGACUUCAUGGGAGGUACCUCAUGGAUUGUCACUUGAAGUUCCGACAAAUGGGGUCAAUCUUUCUUCCACUGUUGAAGGACAAGUGAAUUAUCCUGUUCUUUUGCAAGCAAACAUACCAGUUUCUAACAUGCAUGGUGGGAUUAGUAGCAGCAUAGAACCAUAUGGAACUGUGGAGAUGAUAAAUACAAAUGGACAGAAACAGGCAACUAGCAAUGCUCUUUUAGACUAUUCAAGGUCUUCCGCAGAUCUGACAAGUUAUGAAGCAGAACACACCACAAAGAUCAGUGAAUUUUAUGCAAUGACAGAUGUUCAGCCUGCUUCACUUGUGGAAUAUGCUCAAAAUUUAUUGCAUAGACUGAAGACACUCCCUAGCUGUGUUGAUGGACAUGAAUGGAUUGCAAAGGAGAUUGAGUUGAGGAUAUCUGAUUGCAAAGCACUUUCCUCAUAUGGUUCAUCUCUGAUUCCAUUCUGGUGGCAUAUUGAGACACAACUCAAGCAGCUAGAGUCUGUCAUUGCUGGUGCAGAAGUUUCUUCUAUUCCUGAUGAAAGUACUGUUGAUAAUGUAGGACCAUCUAGAAUAGUUGAGGAGAAUAGUAGUUUAUAUAAUGGUGAAACCCGCUACUCCAUUCCUGAUAUUGACACACAUGUCAUGCAGACUGAGCCUGAUAUGAAAAAGCCUGAAAAUGAAGACACUGCAUGCUUAGGAUUCACUGGUGUGAGGACCAAUAUAUGUGAGGAAACUGUGAAUUCCAUAAUCAAGGCUGAACUGCCCACUGAGGAUGUUGAUAUGGAUGUGGAGAUGGAGGUGGAUGACGAGACAGUUGCUUUUCAUCCAACAUAUCCAACUACUGAAUCUCCUGUUCCAGUAGAACCAACUGGACAGGUGGGCCCAGCUUCAGUAAGCCAUCCUGAUGAGCCUAAUGUUCCACCACCUCCAGAUGAAGAGUGGAUCCCUCCCCCACCUCCUGAUAAUGAAGUAAUUCCUCCACCUCCGCCAGAAGAUCCACCUGAACCAUCAUACCCUCCACCUUAUGCCGAUGUCUUGCCUCCGCCUCCCCAAGACCAGUAUAGCUUGGGAUAUGUUCUUCCUUCCUACAAUUAUUAUGCUCCUAAUGGGAGUGAGGUGACAAACCUAAACUAUUAUAUGCAAGGUGAUGGAUCCCAAAUUGUUGAAGCUCCACAGCCAUCUUAUUAUGAACCAGUAGUAUCAAGCACUUAUCCUGAAAUCGCUGUACAUGUCAAUCAAGUUGAACCCAUGACAUACUAUGAUGUUUCUGGUGGGUCUGUCUCACACAUACCUGUUGUUUCUGGCACUGCAUCAACUGGUUUUUAUGUUGAAGCAAGCGCUGUAAGUUAUGGUAAUGUCUCCUCAUUGAAUCAAGCAAUAUCAGUUGGGCCUUCUAUGGAAUCUGCAAACAAAUCUGUAUCACCAGGAAAGCAUGAUUCUGAUGUUUCUGCUGUUUUCAAAGAGACUAGUAAGAGUAGCCUAUCAGCAAUUUCUGAUACAUCUGGCGUGCAAAUAGCCAGCAAGGAUUUAAUGAAUGGAAGCACCAUGGUUGCUCCUCCAGUUUCCAACAAAAAUAAAUCAAAAGUUUUACGUACUAGGAAGGCCACUAUUGCAGUUGCUCCAAGUUUGCGGUCUAAUAAGAAGGUUUCCAGCUUGGUUGAUAAAUGGAAGGCUGCAAAAGAGGAACUGCAUGGGGAAGACGAUGAUGAUGAUGAACCUGUAGAUGCUCUUGAAAUUUUAGAAAAGAAACGUCAGAAGGAAAUAAAGGAGUGGCAUGCACGUCAGAUUGCUACUGGAGAAGCUCAAGAUAAUGCAAAUUUCCUUCCUUUAGGUGGUGACUGGCGAGAACGGGUUAAACGAAGGAGAGUUGAAGCUGCCAAAUCUGAUGUGGUUGAAUCUGUUUCGGAUGCAGCAACUGACAAUGCAAAAAAGCUGCCUGAUCUGACGGAACUGUCCAAAGAUCUUCCUUCUGGUUGGCAGGCGUAUUGGGAUGAAUCCUCCAAGGAGGUGUACUACGGAAAUAGCAUCACUUCAGAAACCACAUGGGUCAGGCCAACAAGAUGAUGUGAAACUAAAAAUUGAGCUUCUUUCUCUGUCUUUCAUUGGCUUGAUCAAGCCUUGCGCAUGCAUGCGCGCAAACAUGUACUCGACCCACCGUGUUAGGUAGCAUUUAAAAACUUGUUCGUCAUAGCAAAAAACCACACGGUUCCUUGUAGCAGCGAAAAUGGGUUCCCUAAAAUCUUAUUCAAUCUUGGUUGAUGUUUA